AAUAUAUAUCGAUAGUUUUCUGUCCCUUGCCCAUCCCUAAUUUCUGACUCAAAGCGCAUGCGUACAUGUCAAAAUAAGAGAUCCUGUAAAAAAAGAUCACUUAUUUGUGCUUUGCAAUUAACUCUCUACCGCUAGUGCUAGCAUUGGCAACUAUUAAUGUUCUAAGAUUAUAUCGGUUGAAAAUAUCGACAAUCGAUAGUAUCGAAUUAGAAAAUAUUGACGAUAUUUAUCGAAAAUUUUCUGAAAAAAUUUCGAUAUUUCGAUAUUUAUUGCCCACCCCUAAUUUAGUGUUCUGUGCUAAAGACCUUGUCUGUGGCACUGUUAAUCAUUUGUUUGGUUUGCUGUCAUUUUCAUUUCAAAUUCAAAUAUUCAAACUAGAAGCUGAAACAAGAAGUUCAUUGAAGUAACUACAAUUGCCGUACGUAGUUUAAUUUAAUUUCAAAAAAGAAAUAAUUCCAAGAAUGCCGAAAAUGAAGAAAUGUUGUGUACGUGGAUGUACCGAUGAGAUAAGUGUGAGACAUCGGUUCCCUAAGAGGAAUUUGGAUAUUUUCGAGAAAUGGCUCCAAAUUAUCCAACCGAAAAAUUGGCAAGAAUUAAGUAGGGAACGAAUUUAUGAUCGUUAUUAUGUGUGCCACUCACAUUUCAAAGAAAAUUAUCAUCUUCCUGGAAGCCAACGUGGUCUUACUUGUCAUGCCAUACCUACCAUCGGUAUUCCAGAUUCAAGCAAAGUGUGCACUGAGCGAGAUUUGCAGGAAAUGUUGAUGGAAAUUGAUUAUGUCCAGGACCCUAUACUUGAAGAUUCCACUGAACCUAUGAUCGUAGAGGAGCAGCCUGUUAUUGAAAGUCGUGGUAAAUCAUUGUUGAGGCAAUUGAAAGUGCCAAAGACAAAGUUGACUCAACGAGAAAAAAUGUUAUAUAAACUAUUAAAAAAAACAACAAAAAAAUACAACUUGGUCUCCAAUAAAUUUAAGAUCUACAAGAAUAGGUUGAGCGAGGCCAAAAAAUUUAUGGAGACCAAUUUGUUUGGACAAUUGGCUACCUCUGUUAACCAGGCAACCUUGCAUUUUUUUGCCACUCAAAUAAGAAAUCAAAAGCGGCAAUUAAAUGCAAGGAGAUUCACAAUUGAUGAGAAAAUUCUAGCUUUGGCAUUAUAUAAAUCAUCCCCCAAAGGAUAUCGCCUGUUGAGUAAAAUGUUCGCAUUACCAACAGGUGCCACAUUGAGGAGAUUAUUGCUAAAGCUAGAAUUUAAACCUGGCGUGAAUGCUCAUAUUAUGGAGCACCUUAAAAAGGUUGUUUAUAAGAUGAAUGCAAAAGAAAAGGUUUGUGCACUCAUAUUUGAUGAAAUGAGUGUACAAACUUUCAUCUCAUAUAGUCCUUAUAAAGACGAAAUCGUUGGCUUAGAGGACUAUGGAGAUGAAAAGAAGGCGCUCAUUGCAGAUCAUGCCAAUGUUUUUCUGAUCAAAGGUUUGUACAAGUCUUAUAAGCAACCUUUGGCAUUCACAUUUAGCAGAGGAGCCAUAAAUUCCUAUCAAUUAAAAGGGCUCAUAUCAAUACUGAUCAAGGAAUGCCAAAAUAUUGGGUUGGAUGUCGUGGCCACAAUUUGUGACCAGGGCACCACUAAUGUGAAGGCAGUGCAACUGCUGCUUGAGGAAGGAAGGCAGGAACAUGUGGAUCAUAACCAUUUUGGUUUUUUUGUGAACAACAAAGAGAUUGUUCCUUUAUUUGAUACUCCUCACCUCAUUAAAGGUUUAAGGAACAAUCUCUUGACAAAAGAUGCACAUUUUUUGUUAAAUGAUGUUCCAAAAAAAGCAAAAUGGAGUCAUAUCCAAAGAUUUUAUGAUUUGGACAUUUCGGACCCCUCGACGAAGAUAUGUGCUAAAUUAACCGAUUCACAUGUUCUGCCUGAAAAAAUGAAUAAGAUGAAGGUAAAGCUGUGCACACAGGUUUUCAGCAAUACUGUUGGAACUUUAAUGAAAAGAAUUUCAAGAUGGGAUAUUGAACACAAAUUAAGUUUACCUUCCGAGGCAGCAGACACAGCAGAACUAAUUUUAUUCCUUGAUAAGUUAUUUGAUUCUCUCAAUGUAUCAAAGAUUCGAAAUACACAGGGAAAGUUCUUGAAGGAACCAGUCACUAGAAACUCAGAACAUGAAAACUUUUGGCAAAACGCAAUCAAAAUUUUUAACAGUAUGACAUUUUAUGAUGAUUUAAAAAAAAAAAAUGUGGCGGUACCUAGCAUAAAAAAUUUUAUUUUUAGUCUGAAAGGUUUCACUUACCUGAAGAGGAGAUUGUUAACUGAAAAAAAAUUCAAGUAUAUCUUGACUGGUGCAUUCAAUCAAGAUUGCCUUGAAAAUUUUUUCAGUUAUAUCCGAGGGCAUGGUGUAAGGAACACUAAUCCAAAUAUUGCCCAGUUUAUGUCUUCUUUCAAAAGCCUUACUUUGAAUAACUUUAUGACCUCUCAUUCUGUAGUUUCGAACUGUGAGGAGGAUUUAACAUCACAUUGUUUGGAUAAUCUAAAACCAUUUGUUUUUUCAAAAUCUUCUCCAUCUAAAAGUGUAGUACUUGAAGAGUUGAAUAUCGUAAUUCCAAAAUUAAUAGUCCUUCAGGAAAAAUCAAAAUUUAGUAACUGCACUCUAAUUUAUAUGAGUGGAUUUAUUUCUAAAAUUUUAUUAAAAGAUAAAUUAUUCAAACAAUGUGAUAAAUGUAAAAAAAAAAUAACCUUCAACAGUCAAGAAUUGGGGGACAUAGAUUUUAUUCAGGUACGGCAGUACAAAUAUGGAAAGUUGACAAAACCUGGGCAGUGUGUAUCAUUUUUAUUUCGGCAUUCCUUAAAUUACCUUUUUUAUAUUAUUCCGCGAAUUUGUGAAAAGAAAAACAUUUCCCUCUAUUUAAAAUCGUUUUUAAUGAAAAAUUUAGAUUUCCAAAUUUUAAACUGUAAUGAACACAGUUUGGGGGAAAAAGUAUGUGAAACCAUUAUAAGGUGUUCCUUGCACUGGUGGUGCAAGCAGGUAAAUGAAAUUAUGAAUGGUACCGACACAAAAUUUUGUAAAUUCCUUCGAACUUCCCCUUGUGAAGAAUUGGUAGAUCCUAUCAAAUUGAUGGCGAAAAGAAUCUUUGAUACAAAGAGAAAAAAAAAAUGUAUUUAAUGAUUCAUAUUAAUUUAUUUAUGUUAAUUAUUUGUUGGUUAUAUUUAUUUAUUGUUCAUUCAUUUAUACGUAUGUAUAUUGUUCAUUUGUUAUAUAUUAUUGUUGAAACUAAUUUAUUCAUUUAUUGUUCUUGAUUUUUUAUACAUAUAUUGUUUUUUUUUGUUAAUUUAUUCAUUUUUAAUUACUGCUAAUUCAAUAUAUUUUUUUUAUAACUAACGACUUUUAUUUCCACAAAAUUUAUUAUCUUCCAGUUAUUUAUGAAAAAUUCAAAUGGUCUUUGGUUAUCGCAGCACCGAACUCUAUUUGAAUUGCUCAAUAUCUCGUAUUGAUUUGUUAGCGUUCAAUUCUUAGGUCUUAGGUUUAGUCUUAGUUCUUAGGACUGGUGCAAAGAUUUUAUUUUGAUCCUUCAAUUUAUUCCCCUAGUGUAUAUCCAAAGUACUUGAACUAGUCCAUGGAAACGCUUUACCAGAUAUCCUUUUGAAAUGGAUACCGCGAUCCGCUCAAUACCGUGGUUCAUUUUAAAGUAUUGUUAGGCAAUAAAUUCACUGUCCCAAAGGAAUUU